AUGGAAAUUAUUAGUAAGUUGAAAGAUUCUCAUAAAGGCCAGUUGAACUAUGAAAGAAAAACUGACUUUGGCCGUCUUAGUGAUGAUCUUAACAAAUGUACAUCACCACCACUUGGAAACUUUAAUCCUAUUUUUCAUUCAAAUUUGCUUGAUGAAGAAACAAUUGAAGAGUCUGAUGAAAGCAAGGAUGAAUCAUGUGAUAACAAGGUUUUAAUAAAUAAUGAAUCUGAAGAUAAUAGUAAAGAAUUUUCCACAGUGCCUUUAUGGCCAGCAGAUUAUGUACAAAGUAAAUUGGCCAUUUUGGAAUGUGAAGCCUACUGGGAUAACAAAGUCAAGUUGGCUAUCAAGAAGAAGGUUCAGGAAUUUUAUGAAAAUGAAAAAAAUUUAAAUUUCAAGACAAAAUUGGAAUUAGAAGAUCUCUGCAAACAGGAAGCUUUUAGAGAUAAUUGUCGAUAUGAAGAACUUAAAGCUCAGCAGAAGCAGUUAGUGGAGGAAGGUGAGAAGUACCAGCAACAACUCCGGAAACAGCACAUACAUCACAAUGAGACUGCAUAUUCUAAAUUUCAAGAAGCAAAGUUAAAAAGAAAGCAGUUAGAAGAAGCUGCAAGAAAAGACAGAGAGAUGAAGCUUGAACAACUUCAAGAGCAACAAAAAAAGAUCUUAUCAUACAGCAAAUCAUUUUCUGACAUGAUAUCCCAAUGUCAAUACACAGAACUGUUGUCUGAUAAAGUCAGCAAAUCCCUUGAGCUUGUAACCAAACUGAGUAACAUGUCCACAGGUAUUUUGGCCCAGGCAGAAAGUACUGGUGGUGCCACCAAUGAACAACUGAAUGAAGCCAUUAAUAUAACAGAAAAGUUGUUAUCUGUCACUACCAAAAUGAAACAGAUUAUUGAAGAAGCUAAUAAAAAAGGCAAGGAGCAGGAAAGUCUGCAACAGCAGCAGCAGCAGCAACAACAGCAACAACAGCAACAUUCAUCUGUUGUUCAGAAUACUACUAGUCCCAUAGAAUCACUGACUUCAUCUAUCAAUACAAUCAAGAAACAGGAAGCAGAUAAUGAAGAAAAUCAAGCCUUGGAACAAUUUUCUCAGUUUGUUGAUCCUGAAGCACUAAAAGAAUAUUUACGUCUACAAACCAAAUUAAAAGAUGUGGAGACUCAACUAGAUGCCUUUUUAAAGAAUGCACAGCUGAAGGAGUAUAGAUUCAAAAUACGCAAGGCAGCAAAUAUUUUGAUUAAUGCAAUAUCUCCACUAAGUGGUUCUCAUUUAAAAGACAAACUUAACAAAUUGACAAUGCUUCUUCAGGGACAAAACAUUGAAGUAUCAAAUAAAUAUAUAUCAGCUAAAGAACAACCUGAAGGCAUCACAUUUGCUAAAUAUCUCAUUGCUAAAAUGUUGGUUAAAAAAGGAGCUGAGCAGGUUUCCUCAAGCUAUGAAUCUGCAUUUGCAAUUGCUACUGUUGCUGUGGGUUUGUGGGUAAACUUACCAGAUUUAGGAGAACUCCUGUUGGCCAAUUUCCAUCUUGCAUGUCCAUAUAUUGUGCCAUAUUACAUACCACAAGAAGACGGCCAAAGCACAGAAGAUCACCAAAAAUUGCUUGGUUACAAAUAUGAAAAUGGAAAGAUAGAAGACCAAGAAAAAUUCUUAACUCGAAUGACAGGCAUAAUGCGAUUAUAUGCUGCCAUGAUGGUGUCUCCAAUGCCACCAGGAGUUAACAAAUCCCAUCCACAUGGGAUUGAAAAUUUGACUUUAUUGCUUUGUUUGGGGUUAAAUGAUAAAAAACAAUUUCUUUUUUUUAUUCUUAUCAUUUUUUUCUUCCUAAUUUAUUUUCUUUUUCUAAUUUUCCCCUUUUUUACCAUUUCUUUUUCUUUCUUUCUUUUUCUUUCUCUGCUACUUUUCUUUCUUCCCCAUUUUUUUCUUUUUCCUAUUUCUUUUUUUCUGCCAUUUUUUUUGUGUUUUUUCUCUGUCAAUUCUUUUUUUAUGAUCCCUACCAAGUUUUUUCUUUGUCCUCUAUUUCUUUCUUUUCUUUCUUUUCUUUACUUUUCUUUCUGUCAUUUUGUUUCAUUCUAUGCCAUUAUGUUUUUCAAUCUCAGCCAAUUCUUAUUUUUUUUGUUAGUCCUUUUUUUUUCUUUCUCCUCCAUUUAUUUUUUCUUCCUCAUUUCUUUACUUUGCCAUUUCUUCUUUUCACUCUCUGCCAAUUCUUUAUUUUUCUCUGCCAAUUCUUGUUUCUUUCUAUGUCAUUUUUUCUUCCUUUCUUUGUCCUUUUUUUUCUGCCAUAACCUUCUUUUUCUUUUAUGCCAUUAUUUGAUUAACCUGAUUUUAUCAUAA